AUGUCGGAUAUUCCAGAAGACUGCCCAGGUGUUGGAACAGAGCACGCAGGUCAAGCAAGCGCCUGCCAAGGAUGUCCUAAUCAAUCAUCAUGUCAAAGUGGCCAAACUCCUGCCCCGGAUCCUAACAUUCAAGUUGUCGCUGAUCGCCUCAGAAAUGUGAAAUGUGUAAUUUUGGUAUUGUCUGGCAAAGGAGGAGUCGGCAAAAGCACUGUUGCAGCACAAUUAGCAUUUGCUCUAUCUUUAAAUCCUGAAAGGCAGAUUGGACUUUUAGAUAUCGAUAUCUGUGGACCAAGCCAGCCUCAUUUAAUGCACAUGCAAGGUGAAGAGGUGCAUUCUUCAGCAUCUGGAUGGUCUCCUGUAUUCCAUGCAGAUUUUCCUAAUUUAGGAGUGAUGUCAAUCGGAUUCUUGAUCCCUUCUUCAAAUGAUCCAAUUAUAUGGAGAGGCCGGCUAUAUGUCAUUUGACCAAAUAUUUUGAUAUCGUGGCAUUUGUUCGUGGGAAAUUUGGUCAAAAUUGUUUGAUAGUAAGAUAUUUGUCCUAUAAAUUUCGACCAAAUUAUCUUGAGAAAAUAUCACACGCCAAAAUGCAUGCACCAAGAGAGGCCCUAGAAAAAAUGGUCUUAUAAAGCAAUUUUUGACUGAUGUGGAUUGGGGAGAUUUAGAUUAUUUAGUGAUUGAUUGCCCACCCGGAACCUCAGAUGAACAUCUUAGCAUUGUGACUUUUCUAAUUCCCCCAUUCAUAAGUUCCCAAAAACAUUAUAAAUAUUCUACUUUUAAAAAAUUAUAUAUAAUUUUAGCGUAAUUUUUUUUUUUUGAAUUUAAAGCCCAAUUCGCAAAAAUUGAGAAGUAAAAAUUAAUCUAAUUUGUAAAAUUUAUGUUUUUAAAAUACAAGCCGAUUAAAGCUCAAAAGAAUUAUCCAGAGAUUUCAAUAUAAUAAUUAUACUUAUAUAUCGAAUUGUUUUUUCAUAAAAAUUUUUUAUUAAAAAUAUUUAUGUUAUGGAUUUUUCCAAUGGUUUUGUAGUAAGUGGAAUUCCAAGGACGCUUGGGCUAAUUGUGACUACACCUCAUGAAUUGAGUUUGCUUGAUGUCAGAAAAGAAAUUGGCUUUUGCAAGAAAACAGGCAUUAAGAUAAUCGGUGUUGCUGAAAAUAUGUCUGCUUAUCAUUGUCCAAAUUGCCAGUGCUCUACUCCAAUAUUCCCAGGAUCAACUGGAGGAGCAAGAAAAAUGUGUGAAGACAUGGAAGUUCCUCUUCUAGCAUCAAUUCCUAUUGAAGUUGGCAUCGGAGUUGCAGCUGACCAAGGAAGGCCAAUCAACAGCAAUGACGGAGUUUCUCACGCAAUUUUUUCCAAAUUGGUCUCAGUCUUUGAAAACUAUUGUAAACUUAAUUUUUAA